AUUUUCACGACAAGCUACGCCGUCAUCACCGACUGCAGCAUUUGGGACGAGAUCGUUGAGCGCGCCGGGUAUCUUGACUGAUUCCUCCGGUACACGACUGUUCACACCAAUUCUCUCUUGCACCUGAUCGUCCUCGGACGAAGCACCUCUCCACCUUCGCAGAUCGAGCAUCUCGUCUAGUCCAUCGUCUGACCAGAUUGCAGCUAUGGGCGCCACUCUGUCAACCAUGUUGGGCGCUGUGCCAAAGGGCAAGCUCGAUGCCAUCAAGAAGAAGCUACAGGAGAGCGAGGACUUGAUGAAGAGCAAGGCCAGGGAGCUUGUCGAGACUAAAGCCGAUCACGAUCAUGUGACGGAAGAGGUCAAGACGCUGCGGGACAAGCUUAACCAGCUCGAGAGUCAGCAACAGUCCCUCAAGGCACAUGACUCAGACAGCCAAGCCAAGCUCGAUGCCAUCAUCGCUGAGCGUGACCAAACCAAGACCGAGCUCAAGGCCGCUCAGGACAAGCUCGCAGAUCUGCAGGCUAGCCACCAAAAGGUCACUGACGAGCUCGCCGCUGUCAAGAAGGAAGCCGCGGCCGCGAAGGAGCAGUUCACGACCCUCGAGACUUCCCUCAAGACCGAAUUGGCAAACCUUCACAAGACUGAAGGCGACAGCUCGAAGCGCGCCGCCGCAUUGACCGAGGCACUGGACUCUCUCAAGAAGCAGUCGAGCGAGCAGAUCACUGCCGCUCAGAAGAGCUUGGCGGAAAUUCAAGAAAAGUACCGUGUUCUCGACCAGUCUCACGCCGAUCUUAGCAAGACGUCCAAGGAGAACGCCGAGGCUGCCGAAAAGGCCAUCAACGAGGGCCACGCGAAGGCAACCUCGUUGCAGAACGAGCUCGAGGUGUUGAAGAAGGAUGGUGACACAAAGCUUGCCGCCGGCGCCGCAGCUCUGGCUGCCUUGACUGAGAAGAGCAAGGCAACUGACGCCGAGCACACCAAGCUCUCCACUGAUCUCCAAUCCAAGCUUGCCGCUGCACAAAAGGACCUGGCCGACUCCAUCGCUAGCUCGAAGAGUGUCGAACACGAUCGCGAUGCACUCAAGACCGAGCUACACGACAAGCUUGCUUCUGCCGAGAAGACUAUUGCCGAAUCCCAAAGCAAGCUCGCCGCCCUUCAGACGAGCUUCACGGAGCUUCAACAAACCUCCGAUGCCACUCUGUUGUCAGCGCAGAAGGAUUUGACCACCGCUCAGCAACACUCUGCCUCGCUCCAAGAGGCAAUGGACAAGGUCAAGGCUGAAGCAGCUGCCCAACAUGAAGCCGUCAAGGCUCAAUUGGCUGCUGCGGAGGAGAAGUACAACGCCCUUCACGCGACUUACGAGACCGCGCAAAAGGACUUGGCUGCCAAGACCGAGAGCGCUACGAGCGAGAUCAAGAAGGAGCACCAGGAGAACCUAGAGAAGCUGAAGGCGCUCGCGGCCGACCGCGAUGAGAUCAAGCAAAAGGCUGAGGCAAGUGUCGCCGAGUUGACCACCCUUCGCAAGACCCACGAAGACGUCGUCUCGAAAUCCGCCGCCAAAGAGAAGGAGCUCGAGGAGGCGACCAAAUCCUCCAGCACGCUCAAAUCGCAACUUGAAGAGCUCACUGCCUCCCUCACCAAGGAGAAGGAGUCCUCCAAGAAAGCCCAAGACGACCUCACCGCCGCCCACAACUCCGCUCUCGCCUCCAUCAAAUCCGAACUGGAAACCGCCAAAUCUGACGCGGCGAAAGCAUCCAGCGACCUCACCGCCACCUACGAAGCCAAAAUCGCCGACCUCAACGUCAAGGCCACAUCGGAGAAGGCUGCCCUGGAGAAGACCGCCACCGCCGCUGCCACCGACCUCCGAACCGAACUCGCCUCCUUCCAAGCUAAACUCACCUCGGAACAGGCCGAGCACAAGAAAACCCAUGACCUCUUCAGCGUCAAGCUCGCCGAGUCCCAGGCCGACGUCGCUCGCCUUAACGAGGAGAAGAAGGCCGCCCAGGAGGCUUUCGACGCCCAGCUCGCUAAGAUCGACAAGGCCGUCGGCGGUGGUGACGACGCUGCACCUGCGCCUGCUGCGGCCGAACCUGUUGCUGCCGAGGAGAAGACCGAGGCCGCUCCUGCAGCUGCGUGAGCUUGAUCACUCACCUUGCCUGCUGAUCCUUGUUCCGUCCUGAACCAAUAGAGGACCUUGGAAGAGGAAACGAAAAGUUGUGCUUUCCAGAGCGAAGCGAAGCGAGCAUUAUUUGCAUUUGAUUCUCCCCUUGGCAUUGCGGUUGAUGUUGUUGUUUUACGAAUUCCCUGCUGUUGUUGUUUCAAUGAUGACGAUGAUGUUAUUUUACGAGUUUUG